GACCCAGGCUGUCACAGAGAACCGUCCACUCUCUGGAGUAUUUGUUCCAGAUGGCUCCUUAUCCAAGUAAUCAUGAUUUACAGACGGUAGCAGACGACAGCGGUGAAAAUAUCAAAAGACUACGGACAUGGUUGACGAAUAGGAGAACGAAGGCCAAAGCUGGAUGUGCUGGUAAGAAGUCCACUAAGAGAAAAUCAACCGUUCAUCGUAGUUCACAGCGACCCAAAUCAAACGUGGACUGGGGAAAACCCUGCGAAGAACAGCUCUCUUCGUUAACUUCUGCUAGUUCCAAAGUCCCUGCCGAAAGUCUUGCAAGUGACGCAGAAGACAAGAAACGGACUUCUAUGUUUAUUCCACGCAGAACACACCCGAUGACUUCCGAAGUCAUGGACGAUCUGCUGCAUGAACGUGAUUCUGUACUGAUAGAGGACAAGGAGUACCACGAGAUGAUGUGUGAUUCUGAUUGGUGAAUGUGACUAAACACGAUUCCGAUUGGUGAAAAUGACAAGACACGAGAUGACGUGUGAUUCCGAUUGGUGAAUA